UGGGCCGCUGGCGGGAGCCGGCUCCGCACUCUCUGUGCGUGAUGCAGCCCGGACGGUCGCCCCCGGAGCAGGCCCGCCAGGAGGCGGCGGAGGACGCCCAGUGGUCCAGGCCCGAGUGCCAGGCAUGGACGGGGGCCCUGCUGCUGGGCACGUGCCUGCUGUACUGCGCCCGCGUGAGUGUGCCCAUCUGCACCGUCUCCAUGAGCCAGGACUUCGGCUGGAGCAAGAAGGAAGCCGGGGUGGUGCUCAGCAGCUUCUUCUGGGGCUACUGCCUGACUCAGAUCGUGGGCGGCCACCUGGGGGACCGGGUCGGGGGUGAGAAGGUCAUCCUCCUGUCGGCCUCCGCCUGGGGCCUCAUCACGGCCGCCACCCCGCUGCUCGCGCGCCUGGGCGGCGCCCACCUGGCCUUCGUGACCUUCUCGCGCGUCCUCACGGGCUUGCUGCAAGGGGUCCACUUCCCUGCGCUGACCAGCCUGCUGUCGCAGAAGGUCCGGGAGGGCGAGCGGGCCUUCACCUACAGCACCGUGGGCGCCGGCUCCCAGGUCGGGACGCUGGUGACGGGGGCGGCGGGCUCCCUGCUCCUGGACCGGUACGGCUGGCCGAGCGUCUUCUACGUCUCCGGCGGUCUCACCCUUCUGUGGGUGUGUUACGUGUACAGGUACCUGCUGAGCGAACAAGAUCUCGUCCUGUCCUUGGACAUGUCGGCUCAAGGCCUGCGGAUGGCCAGGCGCACCAGGGUCCCCUGGAGACAGCUCUUCCGGAAGCCUUCUGUCUGGGCGGCCAUCUUCUCCCAGCUCGCCUCGGCCUGCUCCUUCUUCACCCUGCUGUCCUGGCUGCCCGCCUUCUUCAAGGACACCUACCCCAGCUCCCAGGGCUGGGUCUUCAACGUGGUGCCCUGGCUGGUGGCGAUCCCGGCCAGCCUGCUCAGCGGGUUUCUCUCGGACCAUCUCAUCCGUCAGGGUUACAGAACCAUCACCGUGCGGAAGUUCAUGCAGGUGAUGGGCCUGGGCCUGUCCAGCAUCUGUGCCCUGGGUGUGGGCCACACCUCGAGCUUUUGCAAGUCCGUGUUCUUUGCUUCGGCCUCCAUCGGCCUCCAGACCUUCAACCACAGCGGCAUCUCCGUUAACAUCCAGGACCUGGCCCCGUCCUGCGCUGGCCUUCUGUUCGGUGUGGCCAACACAGCGGGGGCCUUGGCAGGUGUUGUGGGCGUGGGCCUGGGCGGCUACCUGGUCGAGACCACCGGCUCCUGGGUGCCGCUGUUCCAGCUGGUGGCUGCUGCCGGCGGCCUGGGGCUGGGCCCCUUCCUGAUGUUCGGGCAGGCCCAGAGGGUGGACCUGGGCCCCGCCCGCGAGGACCUCUAGCCGCCCCGCCCGCCGGCCCGACGCAGACCCAGCACCACCAGCCUCGGGGUGAAGGGCCCUGUGUCAGGGCCUCUUGCUCUUGACCCCAGACGUGUGACCGAGGAGACGGAGCCCGGCCGAGCGGGAGGUGGCGCCGGCGCCUGGCCUUGGCUGGGCCUCAGUGUCCCCUCCGCCAGUGGGGCGCCGCGCCCCGCGCUUGGCCUCAGUGGGACUGUCCCCCGGCGGGUGGAGUCAGCGCUCCCUUCCGGAGACGGCCUCCAGGCGGGGCCAGACGCGCCCCUGCCUCCAGCCUGCCCGGACGCACAGUCUCCCCUAAACCCACUCUGCUUUCCUUCUGGGCCUUGAGGUGGAUCGGUCUCUCGGGGGGGCCGUGCUGUGCAUGGGGAGGGGGGUGUUCAGCGGUUACUCUGUCUCCUGGUAUCGCCAAGUGUCCCCAGAGCAGCUGCCACCCUUGGGGAUCCCCACCCCCUACGCCCCCCUCCUGUGGAUCCCUGGACACUGGCACUCAGCUCUGCGUCCUUGGCUCCUGGGCACCGCCCCGCCCUCAACGUUCCCUGGAGCCAGACGACCCCGCCUCCCCUGUUUAUACAGAGGAGCCCCCCGCCCCUGACUCUGUCGGGCGUGUUGCCACGCGUCCGCGGGGAGAAAAGCGGCACAAAAAUGUGGAAAACCACAGCAAAGCCUUAUUUAAAUGGUGACUAUUAAACUAUUUAAAAG